GGAGGCGGGGCAGAGGAAACGCGUUUCCAAAAGGGGCCCUUCCGCUCGCCGUAGUUUGCCCUAAAAUGGCGGCCGCCGGUGACGUCUUGGUCCGAGUUUGCAACCAGGAGAUCGUCAAGUUCGACCUGGAGAUCAAAGCGGCGGUGCAAGAUAUCCGAGAUUGCAUGGGGCCUAUAAGUACACUCACGGAACUGAAUGCCAACGUGAAGGAAAAAUUUCAGCAUCUGCGGCUUAGAAUACAGGAGCUUGAACAGAUGGCUAAAGAACAAGAUAAAGAAUCAGAAAAGCAAGUUUUGCUCCAAGAAGUAGAAAAUCAUAAGAAGCAAAUGCUCAGCAAUCAGACAGCUUGGAGGAAGGCAAAUUUAGCUUGCAAAAUUGCUAUUGACAAUGCUGAGAAAGAUGAACUGCUACGAGGGGGAGAUCCUUUACGACAAAGAAAAACUACUAAGGAAAGCUUGGCAGAGGGAGCAAGUAACAUCACGGAAAGCCUAAUGGGAAUUAGCAGGCUGAUGUCUCAGCAGGUUCGGCAAAGUGAGGAAACCAUGCAAACCCUGGCUUGCUCUCUGCUUACUGACUUGGGAGGAAAUCCAAGAGGACAAAAACAGAUUAAAGCCUGACUCCACAUCUAACAUCUAACAAACAAAGAAAGGAAGGAAAGCAGCAGUGUAAAUAAUAAAACUAUUUAUCGAUAAAGAAUAAAAAAAUAAGUAGACAUGAAUCAGCAUAAAUUCCAAUGGCAUUUCCAUAGAAUGGAACAACUAAACAUAUAUACAUAGUGUUCCAGAGCAGCGAUCUCAGGUUUAUCUGGCCCCUAUUACCAUAUGAAUACAGAUGCUUUGUGCAAGCCAGUAUUAACAAAGAGGACAUACAAAACAUCCAUAAGCCUAAAAUAGCUUUUCAUUAAUUACUACAGAUACAAAGCAUCUGUAUUUGGAGUAAUUUCAUGCAAAGCUGUUUUAGACAGCUUCAGACUUCUGGGGGAGAUACUGGAGAGUCCAGAACUCCAUUCCUCAAGUUUGCCCCCAUCCUAUUAGUGUUGAAUUGGUAAAAUUGCCACUUCUAAAUAUAAGCAAAGCAUGCAAGAGGCCCCAGCACUUUCCCCCUUGCUUAUAUUCAGAUAAAUGUAGUUCAUUAUCCCAGCAACAAUGAAUUUAUUGGCAAAAAUGCCAUGUCUUCACAUGAAAAGAAGAGAUUAUACAUCUUGUUCCAGUGUUACAAAGAGUAAUUUAUGUCACUGGAGUCAGA